GGUUCACUUCAGUUUGAAGACAAAUGGGAUUUCAUGCGCCCUAUUGUCCUGAAGCUGCUCCGUCAGGAAUCUGUCACAAAACAGCAGUGGUUCGAUCUGUUUUCAGAUGUACAUGCAGUUUGCCUAUGGGAUGAUAAAGGUCCCGCAAAGAUCCAUCAGGCUCUGAAGGAAGACAUCCUGGAUUUUAUUAAGCAAGCACAAGCACGAGUGCUGAGCCACCAGGACGAUACGGCCCUGCUCAAGGCCUACAUAGUGGAGUGGCGCAAGUUCUUCACGCAGUGCGAUAUUCUGCCCAAGCCCUUUUGCCAGUUAGAGAUCACCCUCAUGGGCAAGCAGGGCAGCAACAAGAAAUCUAAUGUGGARGACAGUAUUGUCCGCAAGCUCAUGCUGGAUACAUGGAAUGAAUCCAUAUUUUCAAAUAUAAAAAACAGACUUCAGGACAGUGCAAUGAAGUUAGUUCAUGCUGAAAGACUAGGAGAAGCUUUCGACUCUCAACUUGUUAUUGGAGUUCGAGAAUCCUAUGUUAACCUUUGUUCUAAUCCUGAAGAUAAACUUCAGAUUUAUCGGGAUAACUUUGAAAAGGCAUAUUUGGAUUCAACAGAGAGAUUUUAUAGAACACAGGCUCCUUCUUAUUUACAACAAAAUGGUGUACAGAAUUAUAUGAAAUAUGCAGAUGCUAAACUAAAAGAAGAAGAGAAAAGGGCACUACGGUAUUUAGAAACGAGGCGUGAAUGUAACUCUGUAGAAGCACUAAUGGAGUGCUGCGUCAAUGCCCUGGUGACAUCUUUUAAAGAGACUAUUUUAGCUGAAUGCCAAGGCAUGAUCAAGCGAAAUGAAACAGAAAAAUUACAUUUAAUGUUUUCAUUGAUGGAUAAAGUUCCCAAUGGAAUAGAGCCCAUGUUAAAAGACUUGGAAGAACAUAUUGUUAGUGCGGGACUUGCAGAUAUGGUAGCAGCUGCUGAAACUAUUACUACUGAUUCUGAGAAAUACGUAGAACAACUGCUUACGUUAUUUAAUCGAUUUAGUAAGUUGGUUAAAGAAGCUUUUCAAGAUGAUCCCAGAUUUCUUACUGCAAGAGAUAAGGCAUACAAAGCAGUUGUGAAUGAUGCUACAAUAUUUAAACUUGAAUUGCCACUGAAGCAGAAGGGUGUUGGACUGAAAACACAGCCUGAGUCCAAAUGCCCUGAGCUCCUUGCUAAUUACUGUGAUAUGUUGCUAAGAAAAACACCACUAAGCAAAAAACUGACCUCUGAAGAAAUUGAAGCAAAACUUAAAGAAGUGCUUUUGGUACUUAAAUAUGUACAGAAUAAGGAUGUUUUCAUGCGGUAUCACAAAGCUCACUUAACAAGACGUCUGAUAUUGGAUAUAUCAGCUGAUAGUGAAAUUGAGGAGAACAUGGUGGAAUGGCUCAGAGAAGUAGGUAUGCCAGCAGACUACGUAAAUAAGUUGGCUAGAAUGUUCCAGGAUAUCAAAGUAUCUGAAGACUUGAACCAGGCCUUCAAAGAAAUGCACAAAAACAAUAAACUUGCUUUGCCAGCUGACUCUGUGAAUAUUAAAAUUUUAAACGCUGGGGCCUGGUCUCGAAGUUCUGAAAAAGUCUUUGUCUCACUGCCCACGGAAUUAGAAGAUCUCAUCCCAGAAGUUGAGGAGUUUUAUAAAAAGAAUCAUAGUGGUAGAAAACUGCACUGGCAUCACCUCAUGUCCAACGGAAUUAUAACUUUUAAGAACGAAGUUGGCCAGUAUGACUUGGAGGUAACAACAUUUCAGCUGGCUGUGUUGUUUGCAUGGAACCAAAGACCCAGAGAGAAGAUUAGCUUUGAAAAUCUUAAACUGGCAACUGAGCUCCCUGACGCAGAACUUAGGAGGACUUUAUGGUCUCUUGUAGCAUUUCCAAAGCUGAAACGUCAGGUUUUAUUGUAUGAACCUCAAGUCAAUUCACCCAAAGACUUUACAGAAGGAACCCUCUUCUCGGUGAACCAGGAGUUCAGUUUAAUAAAAAAUGCUAAAGUUCAGAAAAGGGGCAAGAUAAAUUUGAUCGGUCGCUUGCAACUUACGACGGAGAGGAUGCGAGAAGAGGAGAACGAAGGAAUAGUCCAGCUAAGAAUAUUGCGAACCCAGGAGGCUAUCAUCCAAAUAAUGAAAAUGCGGAAGAAAAUUACUAAUGCCCAGCUUCAGACUGAACUGGUAGAAAUAUUGAAAAACAUGUUCUUGCCACAAAAGAAAAUGAUAAAAGAGCAAAUUGAAUGGCUUAUAGAGCACAAAUAUAUCAGAAGAGAUGAGUCGGAUAUCAACACCUUCAUAUAUAUGGCAUAAUCUGAGGACUCCGAGAUGCUGAGAACACCAGUGGAAGGGUGCUUGGACAGAGAGCUGCAACAGUGAAUGCUGCAGAAGGACUCGCUUUGACUUUCGUUACGUAUAAAAUCCCUGCCUUACCUUAAAGAGGACUCURUUUUGCCAAUCUCGUUCAGCUAGCAUGAUGGCAUUCCCUUCAUGUUGCACACUUCUAACAGCAUGCUGUUUUGUGGGAAACUUGCAUUCAUGAAGAGCCCAUUGUGAACUUUUUAAAGUAGGUUUGAUUUACACCCACCAGGAAGAAUACAGGUUUGGGUUUUUAGAUGACCAGUACUUGCACAAGGAAAAAAAAUACUCAAAUAUUCAUGCACUGAGGAACUGCUAUUAGUUUUGUUUUUGUUUUGUUUUUUUAAUGCAAUUAGAACUAGAAGUAGCACUUUCACUUUGUGUUUUGGAUCAACAGAGUAACAUACUGUCCACCUUUGAUCCUUUUUACAUAAUAACAUUUGAGAGACACGUACAUAUGCCUCACAAUUGAUAUGUAUUUGUUACAGUUAAAACCUCUUGGCUAGAGCAGUGCUUCAAUCUAGUAACUGGAUUUUAAUAAUUGACAUGCAAGUGACAUGAAAGUAAUUCCAACUGGUGAGUGAUACUUUUCCUUAAGCAGGAGAUCAUAGUUCUUUAUAUUGUUUGCUGAAAACAAAUGGAUAUACAUUAUUUCUUAUUUGGGCAAAUGAUUUGCUACAAUCUUUUUGAAGAGAUGAAGCAUUUUUUUGAAUGAUACUUCACUCAAAAAAAAAAAAACCCAGGUUUUUGUGGGUGGGUCUGUUAUAGUGAACAGAAAUAUUAAGCGUAUUUCUGUGUACAUUUAAUAUUUGUAUUCCAGAUAUUUAAGUAUGACUACAAAAAUCUGAAUGCAUUAAAGAGUCAUUGAUGCACAACUCUCCCAGAAAGAAAGUAAUACCUGAAGAUUUCUGUAUUAAUUCCUCUUGGGUAACUUUAUAUAUACUGGUGAGGUUAAUCAGAUUGGACUGUUCAUUUGCCAGAAAGUUAACAUCUUUAUGUGGAAAAAAUGAACCCUCUACUUUUUCAAAUGUCAGGAAAUAAAACUGAAAGAAAAUGGUAAAAUUUAAGAGGAAAUUUAAGGGGAAAUGUACCAUGUUUAGAGUAUACAGA